UCCACCUGUUUGUGGAUUUAUCCCUGGACCGGCGAGGCAGUUGGACCACAUCAACAUUACCAGGAGAGAUCAGCGAUGGCGUUCCAGUCAAAUGUGAUCAGCUCGCAGCCUCAGGUCACGGUCACGCAGUACACCGUGUCGUCAGCACGAUCAGAGUGGAACUCAAACGUGUGCGACUGUUGUGACGACUGUGGAAUAUGUCUUUGUGCAACAUUCAUCCCAUGUAUCCUGGGAUGUAAGGUUGCUCAGGACAACGGGGACAGCUGCUGCGUGCCCUGCCUCCCCGGCGCUAUGAUUGCUCUGAGGACGAGCAUCCGCAGCAGAUACCAGAUUGAGGGCUCAGUGUGUGAUGACUGGGUUGUCAUGGCCUGUCUGCCUCUGUGUGGACUGUGUCAAAUGGCCCGGGAGCAGAAGAUAAGACAAUAAGAUAAAAAAUAUAAAAACCAGUCUGAGAGCACUUGUAUUGUGUAUGUAAUGUAUUCAUUUUAUUUCCUGGACUGUUUUUCACUUUGUGUUUGUACCUUAGAACAAAAUGUACAAUUAUGAACAGAUUCCAUUUUAAAACUACAGAAGAGACUCACAGAUAUAAAAGAAAUAAUUAGAUAUUAUGAAUCUCCAUGAGACCGUCGCCCCCCCACCACCCUUGAGUGAGUGAGUGAGUGAGUGAGUGAGUAUACUGUAUCUUUAUGAGCCUCAACUUUUUGCACUUAUAGCAACAACAAUAAAUAUAUUUCAGCAGUAGUUUCAGACUCCGGCAUUCAUCAGGGAGUCAAGAGAUCAUUUGUGUGGACUUGAGAGGGUGCAGGCAUGUAAUACAUCCAGCAGGUGGCAGCAGGUUUGGUCCAAACUUACUCAAUAACAAUUGAGGAAAACAUAUAUGACAGAAACUAAUAGAAAUAGUGAGAAGUGCAACAAAUGAAUGAGCCGCUUGUACGUUACAAAAGACAGUAACAAAACAAAUAUAAAUGAAUGUACAUUAACAAAGUAUAUGUAGAGAUUCUCUAUGUUAGAAAAAAGUGGCUGCAAACAUGUAAAAAAAGUUCUAUAUUCUGUAUAAACAUGAUCUCUAACAUUAACCAUGACCAGUUCAUGUCUAAACCGAAACAUUUACACAUCUAAUCUUCCAACUCUUAAUCAGUUCCUCAGAACGUUUUUUCUGUCUCCAUGACGACUCCUGGUCCAGUGUUUAUGUCAGAAAAUGUCCUAAAGAUAUAAUAAAUACAUACAAUAAUAA